AGAAAGAAGAAAAGUGGGGGUUAGAGAAGUGCGGUUGUCCGUUUCCUGCUUUCAGUUGAUGUGUGCGCAGAACAGAGAAGAGAAACUUCCUUGACUUUAGAGCUCAGUAUUCUGAACAGAGGACGACUGUCUUUUUUUUUUUGUUUCUUUAAAUGCUGUACACAUUCACUUGAGACAAGCAGGGAGAUUUAUCAUCAUGAGCCGUGGAUCGAAAACUAAAUCGGAGGGUGCCAGGAGCUCUCUGCUGAGCCAACAGGAGAAUGAGAAGUGUGAGGAGCUAAUGGGCAGAAGAUGUGCUUCCAUGGCCACUGCAGUCGCCCAGCUGUUCAUGGCUCUGCCUCACAGCCCCUCGGUGUGGAGCCUGCAGCAAACUGGAGUCGUGUGCUUCGUCAAAGACAACCCUCAGCGCUCCUACUUCAUACGGAUGUUUGAUAUGAAGAUGGGGAGGAUGGUUUGGGAGCAGGAGAUCUACAACCAGAUAGUUUACUCCUCACCACAACCGUUCUUUCACACCUUCGAAGCGGAUGACUGUCAAGUGGGACUGAACUUUUCGAUGCAACAGGAAGCAGAAGACUUCCGACACGCUGUGGAAGACAAAAUCAACCAGAGAAACACUCGUCAAGUUAAGAAACAGCGCCCCCCGCCGCCAAGUGAUAGAGGUAACCUGCCUCGAGUCCCCAUUGAAAAAGCGUCCCCAGGCGGCCAUGGUGCUCUCCACAUGGCCACAGUGGACAUCCAGAACCCGGACAUCCAUUCCUCUCGGUACCGCGCGAUGCCUCCUGCUGCUGUUUCCUUAGGCCUGAAGAAGGACAAGGACAAGAAGAAAGGAAAGAAGGGCCCCAAACUCUCCAAAGCAGACAUCGGGGCCCCCAGUGGAUUUAAGCAUGUUGGUCAUGUAGGCUGGGAUCCGAACAACAUCGACCCUGAUAUGUGGAAGCUGCUCUCUCAGGCCGGGAUCAGUGCGGACGCGAUGAACGACGAACAGACGUCGCAGAUGGUUCUCAACGUCAUCGAGCAGUCCGGAGGCAUGGAGGCCGUCAAAAGGGAGAUGAACAGAGAUGGAGCCCCCCCCCCUCCGCCUGGCAGGCAGGGGCCCCUCCCUCCGGUCCCGGGCCUCGGGGCCCCGGCGCCUCCACCUACUCGGAGCCGCUCCGGCGCCCUGCCUCCUGUCCCAGGACACUCACCCCACUCUUCUCCUGGACGUGGAGCCCUACCACCCCCCCCUCCUUCAUCAAACAGAGGCGGACCUCCACCUCCUCCACCCUCACACUCUGCUCCCUCUCACUUCCCCUCACCUCUUCCCUCUCACGGCCCCCCAUCAAUCCCCUCUCACAGCCUGCCUCCUCCUCCACCAUCCGGCCCACAUCGCUCCAUGCCACCUCCUCCUGUCCCAUCUACACCCAACAGAGGGGGAGGUGGAGGGCCUCCUCCUCCUCCUCCACCACCACCUCCACCUCCCUCUUCAAAUGCCCCUCCUCCUCCUCCUCUUUCCAGUGUAAAACCAUCAACACCAGCCGGAGGAGGAGGAGGAGGAGGAGGAGGAGAAGAGCCCCGAGGGGCUUUGCUGGAUCAGAUCCGACUGGGGAAGAAGCUCAAAAAUGUGAUAGACAGUCCUGACACAGCUCCAACGGACUCCAAUGAGGGCAUCGUUGGUGCUCUCAUGAUGGUCAUGCAGAAGAGGAGUAAAGCCAUCCAUUCCUCUGAUGAAAGUGAAGAUGAGGGAGGAGAUGAAGACGAGGAUGACGAUGAGUGGGAUGACUAGUUUCAGGAUUUUGAACUUAUGUAAACAUUUGAAUCACAAUACUGGUACAUGUUGGUUGUUAAGUUAUGAUUGGUUAAAGGUAUAAUAUGCAGCAUUUUCAUAUAAAAAGAAAACACAUAUAGUCUAAAAAUAAAAAUGACCCCUCUCAAUCCUCUCUUAUGUCAAACUAGCAGUUUGUGGCAGUGUUUGACCCUGCUGCCCUCUGCCUGUAUUAUCGCUGUUCUUUUUUUUGUUGGGAUAUUUCUAGGUAAAAAAAACGUGUGCUGCUUUUUCUCAGUCUCAGGUUUUCAAAUACAGAUACUGGGACAACAGAAAGCCUUUUGCCGGUAUAUAAAGUUGUGGAGAACAAGUUGUUCAUUUUUAAGUACGCAAGCGUUUACCAUGUCUUUCUGUCCUCUGUUGUGUUCUAGUUUGAUUCAACAUACACCCACACCCACACACACACACACACACACACACAGAAAAAUAACUUGGCACGAAGAGAGGAAUUGGUACAGAAGGCAUUUAAAAGAGUGCCUCAGAGCUGUCAACUUGAUUUGUUGACCUGCAUCAUCUGUUCAUUGUAUUUUAUCAUGCUCUGUUAGCUGAGCAUAACAGUAUUCAUGACAACAUAUAUUUGUACUUCUUAAUUUAAUUCCCAACGGGGCGUUAAGACUCAAGAAUGUGUCAAGCUGAAAAGAUAUUCCGACAAGGGACAACCUUGUGAAAACAAACAUAAUCAACUUAAAUGAAUUAAAGAAAACUUGAAAGAAACGGUUUUAUUAUGGUAUUUCAUUCUAGAUGACACUUAUUAUGAAGCUUAUGGUAUUUUGUUGUUGUUGACGUGUUACGCAAAGUGAGUGCUAAACUAUCAAUAUUUUAUUAACAAGCUCUAAUGGCAUGGACCGUGCAUGAUCCAACUGUUUACUAUAUCAUUUUUGUCAUAUGGAUUGUCUAUUUUGUAAUUUUACUAUGUUUUUUCAUUUGGAAAAAACAAAAUCCAUUGCAAAUCUGUCCGUUCUGGGAGAGGGACCCCUCCUCUUUUCCUUUUUCUGAAAUCUCUUCCAUUUGUCUGCCGUUAUUGUGGGUUUCCUUUUGAGGAGUUUUUUAUUUUGCAUUGCAAGGGUCUAAGGACAGAGGGUGCUGUAUGCUGUACGAUCUGUAAAGACCCCUGAGACAAAUGUGUAAUUUGUGAUCCAUAAAUAAAAACUUUAUUACUGAAAAACAAUAU